UCUGCGCCCCACCGGUGCCCGGUGCCUGCUCCGCGCGGCCUUGGCGCCUCACGCAGCUGCCAGGACCUCUCGCGUAUCCCAUAAGCCCCUGCGCGAGGGGCUCCUCCCUUUCUCGGCGGGCCCGCGGCGGACGCGCCAUCGGCAGCGCCACCAUGCCUGCUCUCAGGCCUCUCGUGAAACCCAAAAUCGUCAAGAAGAGGACCAAGAAGUUUAUCCGGCACCAGUCCGAUCGAUAUGUCAAAAUCAAGCGCAACUGGCGCAAACCAAGGGGCAUCGACAACAGAGUGCGCCGGCGCUUCAAGGGGCAGAUCCUGAUGCCCAACAUUGGCUAUGGCAGCAAUAAGAAGACAAAGCACAUGCUGCCCACAGGCUUCAGAAAAUUCCUGGUCCACAAUGUCAAAGAGCUGGAAGUGCUGAUGAUGAGCAACAAGUCGUACUGUGCAGAGAUAGCUCACAACGUGUCCUCCAAGAACAGGAAGGUGAUUGUGGAGAGAGCAGCACAGCUCGCCAUCAAGAUCACCAACCCCAACGCCAGACUGCGCAGCGAGGAGAACGAGUAACCAAGCUCUGCAGCCCAGGUGUAUUUAAUAAAGCCUCAGUCCAA